AAACUGUAAUUAGCACACAAGACAAAUAGUUGUAACUUGUAUUGAAUAAUUUAAUUUCCGCGUUUAAAAUCAUGAAACAUUAAGGAAAACAGUGUUUAAAAUAAUUAAUUAAUUACGAUAAGCAUAUCAAUUUCUUAGUUAUUACGCAUUCUCAUAUGUCGCACGCGUUGACAUGUUUAUUGUAUAAAUUGUUUUUAUGAUCGUGUUAACUUUUACGCAAAUUAAUUACUAUUGCUGUUAUAAAUAAAUAUAAUGUUUCCUUCUUUGAUAAGAGUGAUAUCUGCAAUGUUAUUUAUUAGUGUCCUUUUUUCUCCAACAAAUGGCUUGGAUAGAAAGAUAUCAGCUCAUUUAAAUCCAGGAUGUCAAGGUUGUUCAUCAAAUACUACAACUCUAGUUUAUAUACGUGGUGAAGGAAAGUCUGAUGUCUUACAUCAAAUUUGGGAUUUUACUAAGCAUCUGCCCACUGUGUUGCUCUCUGUGGGAAGCUUAAAUACAUCAUUAAAUAUUCAGUGGAUUGAAAAUAAACCAAUAUAUUUUAAUUGGACUGAGAAGCCAUGGUAUACUUUUGCUGCCACUAUUGACAAAUUAUAUGAAUAUGAUGACAUACAUGAUACUGGGUACAUAAACCCUCAGUAUCCUCAAAUGGAAUACAGUCUUAAACGAAUUUCGUGGGAGCUUCAAGAGAGUAUAUUGACAAACAGUGAGGCUAUGGUGCAUGUGACAGGAAAAAUUCAUAACAGGAAUAAUAAUGAUGCUGUUAUUAGUAUUAAGCUGGAUCUUCUACCAUUUAAAGACUAUGCGGUGGAACUGCCCCACUUAAUACAUACAGCCAACUCAACACUUAUAGAUGUAAGCUUGGUUAACCUAACAACGUCAUUCAAUGCCUCAAGAUACGCGCUCCACUUUGUCUUAGCUAGUACGGACAACCCAACUGAUACAAUGCACUAUAUAAUGCGCAAAAGUUUGGAUGAUGAACAUACACCUGGAGUCUUUGAGAUUAUAGAAAUAAAAACGCCAUCGCUAUAUGACAGUAAGGAGGGUGGAUAUCUACAGUUUCGUCCUGUGAGCUACACGUCGCCAAAACGCAAUGUUGCCAGUUCAACCAUUGCGCACGUUUCCCAAUUUAACCGAACGAUGAUGCCUCGCGACAGCACUUUAAGCUUAUUUUUCAAAGAGUCCCAACAGAUGAUUCUAGUACAAGACAUGUUUGUCUCGUUCGGUGAAAGCGGGGAUGGAUACUAUAAGCAACAUAACUAUACUGCUUGGGCUUAUACAAUGGGCUAUGGCACACCUCCCGAAGACGGAUUUUCUUUCUUCGUAAUCCUCAUUAUUUCCAUCGGCCUUGGAGUACCAAUAGUGUUGGCCCUCUCUGGUGUUGCCUUUGUGCUGUUCCGAAGGUAUAGGCAGACCAACACUCGUACGAGAUUCACCAAUGAAGACUGACUGAAGUAUCAGUUCGUGGUGUUAGAGAUGGACGACGACGGUCUUUAGGUCGUGGUAAAAUGAUAUUGUGUAAUAGUCUAAUUCUAUGACAAACCUAUAAUCCUAAUUUUAUGUUGACUGUUAAAAAUUAACUACAAAGUAACCGAAUUGCCGACCGAAACCAAUUAUUGUAUCAAUUUUUUUAUGCUACAAACUUAUUACCAGUGAUAACUAUUUAGUUCAACGCUCGUCUAUCUAAGAUGCUUACGAUUGUCUGUAUUGUAGAUUGCCUUCUAGAAUAGGAUACACCUGGACAGCCCAUUAAAAAUCAUACAAUUAAUUAAAUAGCUUGUCAAGUUAAAAUAAGAUUUUUGUUUCUGAUACAGAUACCGGCCAACUUCUUGAGCAUUAAACAAGGGAGUGGGGGAAAGUUGGCGCAUCGUUGAUCGUACAUAGCGCGGGACAUAGACGUAAACUGAUUUACCAAUCACGCGAUCGACACGUCACUCUCCCGCCGCCCCAAGUCAUGCCUAAAAAUCACUUCAGCGCAGCGAAGGACAUUUGUUCAAGAUGUUUGCCGGUAUCUGUAAUUACGGUUAGAAGUUCUUUUUUAAUUUUAGGUAGUAGACUAUUAUGUUAAUGACGCAACACAACGUAAUCAAAGUUUUUUUGUUAAAAAUCCUACAGCACUAUGAAUAAGUUUGUAGCCUCGUUUACAUAUUUAUAUAUAUAAAAAAUAUGUAAGAUAACCAUAUAUGUAAUUUGUAUUAUUUUAAACCAAAUCUAUAUAAAUAAGUAGGAAGUAAUUUUUUUGAUAACUAGGUGUUUACGUUAACGAUCCACCAAGUAAGAUUGGUGACCAUAGGUAAUAGACGAUUUAAAAGUUAUGGAAAUAUAUUCGUCUUCGGAUUUAUUACUUUAGAUAUAAACCUUAAGUAUUGUUAACUUAUUGUGAUAUAAAAAAAUCUCUAUUACGUAAUCACAUGCUUAAUACUGUUUCUCCCUAAUUUUUUAACGCUGGAUGUUGACUACAGAUGUUUUAUCUUCAUAAAAGUUCCAUAAACCACAAAUAAAUUCUGCAUGUAUUAGACGAUAUCUAUGAAAUACCUAUUAUAUCACAAAAAUAUCAACAUUAGAGCAGAACGCUGUAUUUUUAGCGUGAGUGAGAUAGUGAUUAUAGGAGUUAUCGGCCGUCAUAUUGGUGUUACAUAUAGGAAAAGUAGUAGAAUGAACGAAAUAUAUCAACGUCAACAUAAAAUGCUUGGUAAAACUAGACUGGCUUAAUCACUAACUGUUAUGUAGAAUUCAAGCAAUUUAUUGAGUGCCCUGUAAAAUUUCUUAAUAUAUAAAAACGCUGUUCUAGAAACAUAAUCAUGUACAUAAGCUUUGUGUUUAAACAUUCGUACUAGGCAUAUUUUAGAUGAAUUUGUAAAUAAUUUAUUUUAAUUAUGUAUUUUAUUGAUUUUCGUAAAUAAAAUUUAUAAUAGAUUUUU